AUGUCAGACGUCGAGGUCGCUCCCCCUGCAAAUGUUGGCGAUGUCGAAGCAGAGCAGGAACAUCAAGACGUUGCUGCUGUGACGUCCGAAGACUCUGGUAACCCGGUCCAGGCGAGCGAUAUCGACACGUCCACCACGCAUGACGAAGAUGAAGUCCAUGCGGUUGAAGGCAAUGGAGCCGAGGGCAGUACUCGGGAUAAGACACCUGAACCAGUUCAUGAAAACGGUGCUGCGGCUGCCGGCACUGGGGAUGCAUCAGGCGUGCCCAAGGAGAAUGGUGAAGAGAAUAGCACAGUCAAGCCAAAGAAACCUGCAGGCGACACUGACAAGGUAGUGAAGAAGACAACGCCUGCAGCUGUGAAGGCAUCACCCACCAAAGUAAGCAGGCCGUCAACCGGGUCUGCUCCACUCGUGAAGAAGGUUAUCAACUCGGGCUCUACUGGUGCCGGAUCCACCAAAGCCGCCUCUCCUGUCGUAUCAAAAGCCGCGAGUGCUUCUUCUGCGACUGCAAAGCCCGCCGUUGCCGCUGGUUUGAGAAAGUCUACGAGUACAGCGAACGUUCCGGCAUCUAGGACACCUGCUUCACCAUCGAAAGCUCCUACCACAAAGGCUCCUGCAACGACAAUCAAAGCUGCUAUGUCUACUAGGCAAGGAGCGUCGUCUUCCUUGGCAUCUUCCCAAACCACUGCGACACGUAGGCCAUCUCUCCCGCCCAAGCCGUCUUUAGUGGGCUCGACUGGGAGGCGACCUUCGUCCCCAGCUCCUAAGCCAGAUCAAUCCAGGACAACUACUCGCACUGUCAUUUCUCCUUCUGGCUCUGUGGGUAACCCUGCCUCAGCGAACAGGCCUCGUGCUGCUAUCUCAGAUGGCAUUCCCUCGACGGCAAGGCGCUCUUCCCUGGGUCCAAAGCCCCCUCUUGCCGCGAGGCGGACUACCGCCGGAGGGUCUAUUUCGUCGCUGAGAGAGAUAAAGGAGGACACCACUGUCCUUGACCAUCUGCAGAAGAAGCUCCAAGAUGCAGAGGCGUCCUUGAAGGCUCAAACAGAACAGACGGAGUCUCUUCGAAAUGAUCUGAAGUCAGCUCGCGAGCAGUUAGAUACUGCCAUCGCCGAAGCCCGUUCGAAACAGGCAGCAGUAGACGAGUUGAAUCUAACCAAGGGUACGGUCGAAGCGCAGUUGGAUGCCGAGAAAGCGGCAGUGGAGAGACUUCGUUCUGAGAUCGAUGGAGUUAGGAAUGAACUCAAUGAAAUCCACUCCAAGCUCGAGUCAGCGCAGCAUGAGACUGUAUCAAAGGUUGAACAGAUACAGGUGCUAGAGAGUCAGCUCAAAUCUCUCACGGAUGAGAAUGAGGCCGCCAAGCAGGAGAUUGAGGCCUUGACGGCUUCAUCUACUGAAGCUGCAUCAGCGUCAGCCGCUGCUGCUGUGGAACACGAGGCUCUACUCAAGGCUCAAGCCGACCUAGAGGCAAUCAAGGCUGAAACCAGUGCACUUGCCGCUGCCCACGGAGCUGCGCAGCAGGAAGCUGAAGCGAAGAUAUGCGAAUUGCAGAGUGCUGCAGCUCGUGCUGAGGAACUUGCUGCACAGGUUGAGACUCUCAACACUGAGAAGGAGGAGAACGCGAACAAGCUUUCGGAACUUGAGGUCGAGAUCCUGGAACUUAGGGACGCGGCAGACGCGGCAGAAGACAAGGAGAAGCAGGCUUUUGCUCGCGCUCAUCGAAGCGAAGAAAAAGGACGAGAGCAUGAACGCGCUUUGGUCGAGAUCAAGCAGCAGCAUGAAGAAUCGUUAAAGAUCGCAGGCGGUGAACAAGACAAGCUAUCUGCGAAACUGAAGGAGCUUGAAGAGCAGCUGGCGGGCGCUGCUGCGCGUUACGAGCAGGCUCUUGCUGACACUAAGGCUGCUGAAGACGCUCACGGAGUAAAACUGAAUGAGCUCGAGAAACUUUACACCGAGAAGGCGGCUGAAUUGUCGACGGAGAUCUCACGCCUUGCGAAUGAACUGGCUGGCCAAGAAGCGCAAUACGCCGCUAAGGUCGACGCAGUUAAAGAGGAACACGACCAGCUGUUGCAGGAGGCUUUUCAAAAGGCCAAGACGGAGGCUGGGGAUGCUCACGCCCAAGAUCUACAUGCACUGCGCACCCAAUCGCAGCAAAUGAUCGAUCAGCUGAAUGCCGCACAUAAAUCAUUCAUCGAGGACCUCAAGGCGGAACACGAGGCGGCUUUAGAAGCCAAAGUCAAGUCACUCGACAAGACGAUCAACAACCAGACCCUUGAGCUCAAGGCGACUCAGGAUGACUUGGCAAAGGCAAAGGCAUCACUCACGUCCUCUAUACAAGAGAUCGAGGCGCUCAAGAAGCAAUUGGAAGAGGCAGAGAAGGCUUCGGCCACUGUUGCUGAGUCGUCUGCAUCUGAGCACGCAGCAGAAGUGCUUCGCCUAACGAGAGAGUUAUCAUCUGCGCAUGAUGAAGCCACUGCGCUGAAAGAAGUGCUAUCUGCGCAGAAGGAUUCAAUCAGUGAGAUGUCAAACAACCACGCGAAAGAGUUAGAAAGUGCUGCUAAGACACGCGCUGAGGAAGCCACCAAGCUGCGUACUGAAUACGAGGCGGGAAUUUCAUCUCUGCAGAAGGAAAACUCCGAGCUGUCCGCCCGCGUCUCAGAUCUGGAGGGUGAACUUACGACACUGCAAGCAACUGUUGCUGCUCAGGCUUCAGCUCCUGCUGCGAGCAAAGGCAACGGUGUCCUUCCAACAGAGUCGGCUGCCGUGUCUAAGGAGGAUCUACAGAAGUUACACGAGGCGCAUAACUUGAAGGUUCGCGACCUCGAAGCACAACACGAGCGAGACGUUUCCACGUUACGUGAUGACUUGGGCAAGACGGUCGCCAGGACCGAGGAACUGCAGGGUGAAGUCGACCGUAAAUCGAUGGAGAUUAAUUACCUCGAAUCGGACAUGGAGGAGAAGGACGAUGUCAUUACGCGGUUGAAGGAAGACAUCGGUCAACUUACGGAACAACUAGAGAAAUACAAACUGGGUCAGGCCACCGCCUAACCUGGUCGAAGUAUAGCUUUCAAUGGAGAAUCUCUCCCGUUUCGGCGUCGCUUCGCACCGUCCGAACCAAACGUUUCGUCCAUGCAUGCCCUUCACGAUCACCUCCAUGCUCGUCCUCGCAUCUAACCUCAUUGUUUCGUCGUGUUCGAUUCAUUCAACUGUUCAUCGUUCAAUUCAUAUCCGGAGUGGAGACCAACGUUUUACACUGCUUUUUUCAACGAGAAUAUUCACCGUUCACGAUCACCGACAUCGAUUCAUCCUUCUUCGUUACCUCACGCGUGUACGUACGUAUACCCUCUAUGUAGCACAUCUUUUUUUCUUGUUCUUGGUGUUGCCGUUUGGCAGGUAGC